AUGUGGUGCGCGGUCGUACUGUUAAUUCAGGCUGUUUCAGCCAAUAUCGAUUCAUAUGGGCCUCCUCCUGAAAAGGGAUGUCAGGGCCCUGCUGCACCUGCACCCACGACAGGAACUGGUGCGCUUCCACAACCAAUGCAACCACCUGGAUACGGCCCUUCUCCGAAGAUCGAAACGCCUUCACAUGGAGUCUCAAGAGUAGUUGAAUCGCAUGGUUUCGGUGAGAUAACAGGAGGAGCUGGAGGCCCAAGAAUUGUUGAGGGUCACGGAAUUGGUCCCGAGGGAGCGGUAGGGCCAAGUGCAGGAGCGGCAGCAGCAGGAGGUUAUGGCGGUCCUCAGGGACCAGGUGCAGCUCGUGGAAUGCCAGGGUCGGCUGCAGGUCCAGUUGGAGGCAAUAGAAUAGUUGAAGGCCACGGAAUAGCAGAGGGAGGAGCAGGACCAGUUGCACCAGGUGGCGCUGGAGCAGCUGGAGGUUACGGAGCACCCGCUGAAGGCGGUGCAGCACGAGGGAUGCCGGGGCUGCCUGCAGGUCCGACAGGUGGUAACAGAAUAGUUGAAGGCCAUGGUAUAGCGGAGGGAGGACCAGGGGCAGGACCAGGUGCAGGACCAGGGGCAGGACCAGCGGCACCGAUUGGAGGUGGAGCAGGCGGUGGUUACGGUGCCGGUGCUGGCGCUCCUCAGGGUCCAGCUGCACCUCAAGGGCCGGCAGGAGGUAUGGGCGGUGGACCGAGAAUAGUGGAAGGCCACGGUAUUGCCGAGGGAGGAGCUGCACCGUCUGGAGCUCAACAACCAGCCGGUGGAGGAGGUUACGGCGUUGCUGCGCCACCGACGAAGCAAGUGCAGGUUGAACCCGCUCCAUGUGCACCGCCACCUGCUCAGAAAGCUGGCUCUCCUUAUCGAAGAAUGCGAUCAAGAAGACACACGAAUCAGGCUGAUCCAUGCAAAGUUCAUUGA